GGCAACCCUGAGGCACUACUUAAUACCAUAUGGUUAAACAAUAAUUUGCACUUUGGUAUGAGGGGAAGGAAGGAGCAUAUUGACAUGUUAUUUGGAGACAUAAAAAUGAUGACAAAUAAUUGGUGAACAAUUUUUGGAGUACAAUGAAAGGCUGACCAAAACCAGGACAGGACACAGUGACAGCAGAGCAUUUGCACCUAAAAUGUUUGCAACACCAGGUAAUCCACGCUGUCCAGUCAAUGCUUUCAAACAAUAUAUUCGCCGCCGCCCUGAAGAUGCUCUGACUCAAGACAGUCGCUUUUAUCUAAGUAUAAAACGGAUAAUGCAACCUGAUGCCAGUGAAAAUGCUAAACAAACAUGGUUUACCAUGCAGCCAUUGGGAAAAAAUACUCUAGGAGAUUUAGCAAAAAAAAUGUCUAUGAAAGGUGGUCUUACAGGAAGAAAAGUUAACCAUAGUGUUCGCAAGACUACAGUUUCCUCACUUCUUCACUCCAGUGUGGAGGCUACUACAGUCAUGCAGUUGACAGGCCAUAAGAAUGUUGCUUCAUUCAAUGAGUAUAGUUCAGCAUCAUUACAGCAACAGCAAACUAUGUCUAAUAUUUUAUCUGAUAUUGGUUUAGGAAGCCGAUGAUUAAUACCACAAGAACCAAAUUCAAACACUAGUUUUGAAGCCAAACCUGCAGAUUUUCCUGAGGAUGAUAUUUUUGACAGUAUUGAACUAAUUGAAGUCUGCAAAACAAUAGAAAAUUUUGAAUCUGCAGAAAAAAAUGUAAAAAUAACCAGUGGAAAAUCCACAUUUUCCAUUCUUCCA